AUAUAAUCUUAAGUCUAGAAUACAAAUAUCAACAGUGGGAACAAAUUCUCUAUUUCUUGCUUAAUCAUGUUUCUCGUUGGAUAAAGACAUUACUAGUAUUUCCCCUUUUGGUUCAAUAAUAUGUUCUUAAUUUAUUUUCUUUUAAACGUAGCUAUAAUUAAUUUUUGCUUGUAUUUUUCACUUUUAAUUUAUCUGUUUCCUCAGAAAAAUAAUCCAUAACACUUUUUUUUUGUGAUAUUUGUACACCUCACUUUACUUUUUUUUUGAAUGAAAUGUUAAAUUUAUUCAAGAAAAAAACUCCUUUUGUACAAUAUAAUGUAUGUAACUUAAGCCAAAAGUUAUACUAAUAUACACUUCACUUUACAAUAAUAAAUAUCCAUCCAAAUUUUGGUAGUAAUAAAGUAUGUUACCGUGAUUCGAAACUGUGUCAAUACUGAUAGCAUUAUUUUAAUCAAAAUAAAAAAAGGAUAAAACCCAACCGUUCCGAGCGAUAUUUCAAAGUCUUCGCACGAAUGCACAGUUUCUCUUUCAUUCAAUUCGACUUCAAUGGCGAAAAUCGAUGAGAGAGCCCGAGAAAGAAACGUGCCUUCUUCGUAUUUUCUAGGAUGUUUUGGAUUUUCCCGUAAAAUAUACUCCGACAAGGGGAUGGUUGAGACGGAGAGGGGUGGUGAGAUGAAUACGAAGAUGAAGAAGAAUAAGAAGCCAAGUCGGUGGCUUCUAUGUUCUAAGUUUCGCUCGAAGAACAGAGAGAUCAAACCGGCGCCGAUCGAGGAAACGGAGAAACAGACUUUGAGUGUGGAACAUGAAACUGAUAAGAAGAAACCCGUCCCGCUGAUAAGUCGUAUGGCUGAUCGUAAGAAUAUUCCGGCUGAUGAGAAGACCGCCGUGAAUCAUGAAACAAAAGAGACAAAACCGAAGGACUUGCAAGUCGUAACCACCGACCGAUCAAAACCCACUGAGCCUUCCUCCAGAAGAGACACGUGUCCUGAACGUAUAUCGAACUCAACCCGUUAUGGGAAACUCGACAUGAAACCGUCUCGGGAGAAAAACGGGUCACGGGUCGAAAAGUUUGACCCGGUGAUUGGUAUUUCGGUCAUUGUAUUGACACUGGUGAUUAUGUUAGUUUGGGGUCGGCUCUGUGCGAUUCUAUGUACAUCCGCUUGGUGUUACUUUCUGCCUCGUCUCAGAGACGCAGCCGCGUUAGCAAAACGCAAACGCAGCGGUAGCGACGGUUCUUCGUGUUUGCCUGAUUUGAAUUCAGAGUCGUAUAAAAGAAAAGUCGUUAUGGACGGGUUUCUUGGCCGGCAAAAUCGCGUUUCAUUGUCGUGACGAUCUCUCUUUUUUUUUUUUUAAUAUGUUUCUAUAUUAUAAUGGGGUUGGUCAAACAUUUUUUUGUUUUGUUUUCUUAAGCAAACAGUGUAUCCGUUUAAUAACGAUGAUUGAUCGAUUGUGAAUGGAUACAUUAAGUGGAUAGUAUAUUAUCUGUGGUUUUUUGUUAGUCAAUAUUUAGCAGCCGUGUUCGUUACUCUA